AUACAAUUAUUGACAGACGUCAAAAGAUAUUGUGAAUUGUGAUUGUCAUUCUCAAAAAUUUCCUGAGUUGUUUAUUUUUUAAUAAUUUCUAGAGGAUAAUUAGCUAAAAUGGUUCUUGAAAGUAGCAUGAUAUGCGUUGAUAAUAGCGACUAUAUGAGGAAUGGGGAUUUCUUACCAACAAGACUUCAAGCUCAACAAGAUGCAGUUAAUUUAGUGUGUCAUUCUAAAACAAGAUCUAAUCCUGAAAAUAAUGUUGGUUUGUUAACUUUGGCAAAUGUGGAGGUUCUUGCUACACUUACAAGUGAUGUUGGACGUAUUUUAUCAAAAUUACAUCAGGUUCAACCAAAUGGUGACAUUAAUUUGCAUACAGGAAUUAGAAUUGCUCAUUUAGCUUUAAAGCAUCGCCAAGGCAAGAACCAUAAAAUGAGAAUAGUAGCUUUUGUUGGAAGUCCAGUAGCCAGUGAAGAGAAGGAGUUAGUGAAACUAGCCAAGAAAUUAAAGAAAGAAAAAGUAAACGUCGAUAUUAUUAGUUUUGGAGAGGAUGCUGAAAACUCGGAAGUUCUGAUGACUUUUAUUAAUACUUUGAAUGGAAAGGAUGGUACUAGCAGCCACUUGGUAACUGUCCCUCCGGGACCCCAUCUAUCUGAUGCCUUAAUCUCUUCCCCUAUUAUUCAAGGUGAAGACGGUACAGGCGGUGCAGGCUUGGGUGGUUCCGGAUUUGAGUUUGGUGUUGAUCCUAAUGAAGAUCCAGAAUUGGCUUUGGCUUUGCGUGUUUCUAUGGAGGAGCAACGUCAACGUCAAGAAGAUGAAGCUAGGAGAGCUAGGGAGGCUUCUGGUACAGAAACGGGUGUUAAAACAGAAACUAUUACAGAAGAACCAUCUGAAGAAGCAUUGCUAGAAAGGGCUCUAGCUAUGUCAAUGGAAGAUGGUGGUACUACCACCACUACUACUACCGCUGCUCAACCAGCCGCUAGAGUGCCUGUUGACUUUGCCAAUAUGACAGAGGACGAGCAAAUAGCUUUUGCAAUGCAGAUGUCAAUGCAAGAUGCAGACGAACAAACUACAGUUACUUCAGCGCAGGCUAAAGAAGAACCGAUGGAAGUUGAAGGCGACGAAGACUAUUCCGAAGUAAUGAACGAUCCGGUAUUUCUACAGAGUGUCCUGGAAAACCUUCCUGGUGUAGAUCCUCAGUCGGAGGCGGUUCGUCAGGCAGUUGGUAGCUUGAAAGAUAAGAAAAAAGAUGAAAAAUCGGACGAUAAGCAAAAGAAAUGAACAAAUUUAAUUAAUUCACUUUAAUAGCUUUUGUGGUAAUCGUAUUAUAGUAUACAUGAAUUUGUUUUUUAUUAAUGCCUUGUAAGUUUAUGUUAGGCCUUGGUAGGUCUACAAAAUAUAUAUUUCUAUAAUUGAAUAAGGUUAGUUUUAAUAAUGUCUUUGUUGUAGACUGACCAAGAGUUCUCAAUAAAUUUGCUAUAGUAUAUAAAUAAG